AUCAGUAAUCAACUACGUUUCCAAUUUAAAAAUCAAUUUCCCAAAACUGAUAAAGACAAUUUUAUUUUAAUUUCUCUUUUACCUGUGUGGCUGUUGGACAAUGGUUGCGCUUAUUUUUUUAAUAAUAACCAUUGUAUUUGGCCCUAUCACUUGUACCCUUAACCCAAAAGAGCCUUUCCUGAAGACUCAGAUAAAUGACGAGAAACAUGCCUCGGCGUUCAACAAGCUGCUCAACUCCAUAGUGAAGACUAAUAGGAAACGACUGGACUCCAUCAACAAGUUGGCUAAACUGCAGGCCAUGGAUGUGUACCCUUCGUUGCAAGACACACUACGAUCCUCCUCUCGAAGGGAUAGCGAUGAAUCGAGUGACGAAAGUGAUGAAAUGAAGAAUAUCAUCUAUCUAGUUAUACCAGACACAUACUCAGCACCCAACGCGUCACAAAUCACCCCAAGAGUCGAACCCCCGACCACCGAACCGCCAAAGCCAACUAAACCACCACUGCCGCCAGUUCGAUCUCAAGACCCGCUCAUACCUACUAUCCAAGAUUUCUCUAAACUCAAGACCGCACCGCUAGUAACAUCUUCUAUACAAACUAUAAGCAGAGAAGGACUAGAUGCUUUGCGACAAAAUAUAGAGAGAUCGUGCAAAAGUAAAGAGGUGAAGAAAUGUAGGAACGCGUGCCUCGCGGCGGUCAAAAGUGCGUGCUCUGAGUAUGAUUGUAAGAAGAAGUUGAAGAAGAAAUUGAAGAAGACUUGUAAGAGGGAGUGUAAGGAUGAGUUCAAAAGUGCAUGGUGAAGCACAGUAAUGCCAUCUAGUUUUCUUAUUUUGAAUUAGCCUAGUUGCUUUCGUAUAUUUUUCGAGACGAAAUUAUGUUUUCGUUUUAAUUUCUACUCUUUUUGCGAGGUUAUUACAGAAGAUUUAAUAUGGAUAAGAAUAAAUCAAAGAGAAACAUUUUAAAAUU